ACCCCAAAAAUUAAACCAAAUAAACCGUCUCAUAUUUUUAAACACAAAAAAGAAGGCUCUUCCAAUUCCAAGAGAAACUUGCAAACGUCUUCAUCGUACUCCCCAACCACCUCCUUUAAAACCCAACCCUCCACAGACACAAUUAACAUCACCCAUUUAUCGUGUUUCCAUUUCAAUAACUGAAAUUUUUUCCAACAAAAAAUCACACACUGUUCAGUAUUCAGUAUUCACACUACCUGUAACGCGAUGCAAGCUGUCUCGGUUAUACCAUUUCCGAAUUUAUCGGCAAAAUUUGAAAACGAUUUCGCGGCCAAGCUCAGAAUCUACGACGACGAGAAACCUAAAACCGAAGAGUUAGAACAAGAACAAGAACAAGAACAAGUAAACGAAGAACAAGAGCAAGAGGAAGAGCAAGAGGAAGAGGAAGAGGAAGAGUUCAGCUUCGUGUUUUCGAAUCCCGAGGUUUCGCCGGUUUCCGCUGAUGAUGUAUUCGAUAACGGCCAGAUCCGGCCGGUGUACCCGAUUUUCGAUCAGAAUCUUCUCUUUUCAGACGAGUACGCCGGCGGAGCAGAACUACGGCCGCCGUUGAAGAAGGUCUUCAUGGAACAGCAACAGCGCGACGAGGCUUCGUCGUCAUCGGCGGUUUCGACGGCUGCAGUAACGGAGGGACCGUACUGCGAGUGGUCGCCGAAGAUGGCGGGGAAGAGCAAUUCGACAGGGUUCUCGAAGCUGUGGAAGCUGAGGGACCAUAAGCUUCGGAGCAACAGCGACGGCAAGGACGCAUUCGUGUUCUUGAGUCCGCCGUCGACGGCGAAGACGGAGAAGGCGGGAUCAGGAAACGGCGCCGUUAAGAAGGCAGUUAAACUGACGAAGGGUAAAACGACGACGUCGUCGUCGUCGUCUAGUAGUUCUUCGGCGCACGAGAAGCAUUACGUUAUGAACAGAGCGAGGAAAGAGAGUGGUAAACGGCGGUCUUACUUGCCGUAUAGGCAAGAACUCUUUGGGUUCUUCUCUAGUACCACCGCACUCAGUAGAAAUGUUCAUCCUUAUUAGGGAUUAGAAAUUCCUCAAUUUUUCAAUAGACUUGGUUUUAUUAUGUCUGUGUAAAAUGCUCACUAAUCUUCCUUCGGGAUUUUUUUUGUUCUUUCCUUCUUUGGGAUUAUGAUGUAAAUUCAUCUAUAUCUUAGUGGCGAACGCAAAUAUUUCAUUUACUUUCGCUCCUUGGGAUUAAUACAAGAGAAAUUCAUAAUUUUA